UCCUCCCCGCCUAGCUUCUCAGGCCUGCCUCCGGUCUCCUCCGUACGCUUUGCGCUUGGAAGCAGCGGGGACACGCGGGGACGGACGGGGACGGCGUGAUGGAGUCGAGUGGCGGCAUCACGGAACCCCCGGGCCGGGGCCCGCGGGUGCUGGUGGUGGGCGGUGGCAUCGCGGGGCUGGCGGUGGCGCAGAGGCUCUGCGGCCACCCGACCUUCCGGCACCUACGGGUCCUGGAGGCCACCGCCCGCGCUGGAGGUCGCAUCCGCUCGGAGCGCAGCUUCGGUGGUAUCGUGGAGAUAGGUGCUCACUGGAUCCACGGGCCCUCCCGGGGCAACCCUGUCUUCCAGCUGGCUGCCAAGUGUGGGCUGCUGGGGGACAAGGAGUUGUCAGAAGAGAACCAGCUGAUUGAGACUGGGGGUCACUUGGGCCUGCCCUCCGUGUCCUAUGCCAGCUCUGGGGGAGGUGUGAGCCUUGAGCUGGUGGCGGAGAUGGGCACUCUGUUCUACAGUCUCAUAGACCAGACCCGGGAGUUCCUGCACGCAGCCCAGACCCCAGUGCCCAGUGUGGGCGAGUACCUCAAGAAGGAGAUCAGUCAGCACAUGGCCAGUUGGACAGAGGACGAGGACACCAAGAAGCUGAAGCUGGCCAUUCUAAACAACUUCUUCAACGUUGAGUGCUGUGUGAGUGGCACCCACAGCCUGGACCUGGUGGCCCUCGCACCCUUUGGGGAGUACACUGUACUGCCAGGGCUGGACUGCACUUUUCCUGGGGGCUACCAAGGACUCACGAACCACAUAGCGGCCUCUUUGCCCCAGGACGUGAUGGUUUUUAACAAGCCUGUGAAGACCCUUCACUGGAACGGGUCCUUCCAGGAAGCAGGGUCUCCGGGGGAGACGUUUCCCGUGUUGGUGGAGUGUGAGGACGGAAGCUGCUUCCCGGCCCAUCACGUGGUCCUCACCGUGCCCUUAGGUUUCCUUAAAGAACAUCUGGACACGUUCUUUGAGCCGCCACUGCCUGCUGAAAAGGCAGAAGCCAUCAGGAAGAUUGGCUUUGGGACCAACAAUAAAAUCUUCCUGGAGUUCAAGGAGCCCUUCUGGGAGCCGGACUGCCAGCUCAUCCAACUGGUGUGGGAGGACGCGUCGCCCCUGGAGGAUGCUGCCCCCACGCUGCGGGACGCCUGGCUCAGGAAGCUGAUUGGCUUUCUAGUCCUGCCUUCCUUCCAGCCUGCCCACGUCCUCUGCGGGUUCAUUGCUGGGCUCGAGUCUGAGUUCAUGGAGACGCUGUCGGACGAGGAAGUACUCCAGUCUCUGACCCACAUGUUUCGCAGGGUGACAGGAAACCCACAGCUCCCUGCACCCCAGAGAGUGCUGAGGUCUCGCUGGCACAGUGCCCCGUACACCAGGGGUUCCUACAGCUACGUGGCGGUGGGCAGCACCGGGGACGACAUUGACCUGCUGGCUCAGCCCCUCCCUGUGGACAGAGAGAAGGCCCAGCUCCAGAUACUGUUUGCGGGGGAAGCCACGCAUCGGACAUUUUACUCCACCACGCACGGGGCCCUGCUGUCCGGCUGGAGGGAGGCCGACCGGCUCAUCCAGGCACAGCCACCCGGGCCCAGGCUCUGAGCCCGGCCUGCUCCUCCCAUGCUGGGGGGAGGCUGGCACCAUCCUUCCCUCUGACAGAUGAUGUUCGGCCUGGCUUGAGAUUUGGGGUGCGUUGUAAUUGAGGUCAGCUCCCUCACUUUUCACACCUGUUGCCAAGUCUGACCAGGUCUGACUAGGGCUGGGGGCGAAGUCUUCCUGGAGAAGCGAGACACAGGUGCCGCUGUGGACGCUGUUGGCGCUGGCUCACAUAUAAAGUGUGUUAAAGCCUCCGGUGUCCAGACUCGU